UUACUUCGCUUAUUGUUGUUGUUGUUGAUGCUGCUGCUUCUCAAGCUUUGUCAAGCGUCGAGGCUUCGGGGGUGAGGAGUGAUAGCCAUGGCGCUGCGGCAGGCAUGGCAGAAGGCGGGCAAAGUGCUGAAUGGCGGGGCUUUGGUGUCCCCCGGAUCCACUUUCGCCAGGGCGCUGAGCACGAGCUCGGACCCGCUCACACUCGAGAUCCCCGUGCCGUUCAAGGGUCACAAGGUGGAUCCACCAUCGUCGACGGUGGAGACCUCCGCCGCGGAGCUUGUGGAUUUCUUCAGGACUAUGUUUGUUAUGCGGCGGAUGGAGAUCGCGGCGGAUAGUUUGUACAAGAGUAAGUUCAUUCGAGGGUUCUGUCAUUUGUACGAUGGACAGGAGGCCGUGUGCGUGGGGAUGGAGGCCGCCUUGAAUGACAAGGAUUGCAUCAUUACGGCUUACAGGGACCAUUGCACACACUUGGGGCGAGGUGGGACUGUUUUGGAGGUUUUCGCGGAGCUCAUGGGGAGGAAGGACGGGUGUUCCUUGGGGAAGGGCGGUUCUAUGCAUAUGUAUAACAAGAAGGGUGGAUUUUACGGUGGGAAUGGGAUUGUUGGUGCUCAGACGCCUCUAGGUGCGGGGCUCGCGUUUGCUCAGAAGUACUUGAAGGUAGAUGGAGUGACGCUGGCCAUGUACGGUGAUGGUGCUGCCAAUCAAGGGCAGUUGUUCGAGGCGAUGAACAUCUCUGCGCUCUGGGAUCUGCCGGUUAUCUAUGUUUGCGAGAACAAUCAUUAUGGAAUGGGUACAGCAGAGUGGCGGUCCGCCAAGAGUCCUGAGUACUACAAACGUGGUGAUUACGUCCCCGGAUUGAAGGUCGAUGGAAUGGACUGCUUGGCUGUGAAGCAGGCCGUGAAGUUCGCUAAGGAAUACUCUUUGAAAAACGGUCCCAUGGUUUUGGAGAUGGAUACGUACAGAUAUCAUGGUCACUCUAUGUCUGACCCAGGCAGCACCUACCGAACCCGUGAUGAGAUCUCUGGUGUACGACAGGAGCGUGACCCCAUCGAAAGGAUUAGGAAACUGUUGCUAUCUCAUGAGUUUGCGUCAGUUGCGGAUCUGAAGGCAAUUGAGAAGGAGGCUAAAAAAGAAGUUGAAGAUGCUCUUGCUAAGGCCAAGGAGAGUCCCUCGCCCGAUGCGCCUGAACUAUUCUCGCACAUCUAUCGGAAGAGCUACGGAGCUGAGGCGUAUGGAGCUGAUCGCAAGGAGUCUACUGUCAAGUUGCCUUGAACUCUUUUUGACUUACUGGCGUCUUUUGAUUGCUCUACAAAUGUUAGAAGCAUAUCAUUACAGCGAUGACGACGAAGUGCUAACUUAUUGGUAGAUUAAUGCUACUACUCAUGCCUUGAUUACAUUGGUCAAACUAAUCGUACAACCUCUCUGGUCUACCGUGGUGUUUCUACAGCCGUAGGGCAGACAGGUUCUGCAUUUUUAGGUGUUAAUUGUGAAGUAUUUCUGCUCUCGUUCAAGGAGGAUUUCUCUGGUGAUGCCUCUUUGCAUGUAUCGUUACAGAUCACGAGCCUCCAGAAUUUUAUUAGCAACUCAAGCGCCACAUGGUUCCUGCUUCAGGCAGUAUUGCGCAUAAUCGACCAAGUUCUAUUUCUGAUGCUUGGUAAUGGUUAAUUUUUCCCACAUUGAAGUAAAUUUGUUGAGGUUGUGGCAAUUUAGAGGGAGGAGUUAGUAAGCUUGAAACCUAAUCACUAGUCGUACAAUGAUUUAGUAGGUGCUUAGCACAAGGAAGACUUUCUCUUCUCGUCUUAGUCUUUUAGAUGCAAUUGAGCAAAUAAUUGUGUAACGACCUCAAGUAUUCAUCUAUGAUUGUUUCUAAAGAGCACUGUGUUUGAUGACUACGUAACAAAUGGUAAUAGCUUUUGACAGC